CGCCACUGUAUAAAGCUUGGCUGAGGGGACUGAUCAUUCACACUGGAUUGAAAGCCAAAACGACUUUAAGACCGCUUCCAACAACUACACAAAGAAGAUGAGCAUCACAUCGUUCUUUGGUUUGCUUUGUGCGCUGCUGUUGUUUCAAUCAGGAUUUGCAGAGCUUAUGGAUUAUAAAAUACGUGUAAGAACAGGUACUGUUAAAAGCGCUGGGACCGAUGCGAGCAUUUUCAUUAUUAUGCACGGAAAUAGAGGCUCCACCGACAGGAUACCUCUACGGGACCCUGACGGAAGAAGAUUUGAGAGGGGCAGCCUCGACUAUUUCACGGGAACUACAGAAUUUAUUGGACAACUAAAAUCAAUUACGAUUGGGCAUAACAACGGUGGAUGGCAAGCAGGCUGGUUUCUAGAGGAUGUGCGCAUAGGCCUAUAUCAACAUAAUACAUUUCAUCAAUUUGCCUAUUAUGAGUACCAGAUCAACUGGAACAACUGGAUCGCCGGGGACGAGCUAGAUGGGACCAUCGUCAAAACUAUUCCCGCUAGAUAUUAUGUUGAGUAAAUGUGUACGAACCCACCUUGGUAGAUAGUUUGUGAACCUAAACUUUUAACUUGGCGCAUUCAUUGUUUUAAGGUCAUUGGAUUUAAAUCUGUUUAUGUAGAGUUUUAAAGAUGAUAAUAUUUUUUUUUAAUUUAAAAGAAAAAUAAAUAAACAUUCAUGAAUCAAU